UUUUUAUUUUUAAUUGUCAUUUGUCAAUCGGAGGGCCCGGUGAACAGUCCUUUUUAUCGUUUUUUGUGGGUUUUCCUCCUUUAUUCCGCUGCUGAAUUAGUUUCCUCGUUUAUUAUUAAAGGAACUAAGCAAGAUGUCCGAGAAACAUCUGCAAACUGGCGAUGCUCUGCCCCCAUUUGGUGGAAAGCUCCGGCUCUUUGCCAUGAGAUUCUGUCCGUACGCUGAGCGCAGUGUGCUGGUACUGAAUGCUAAGAACAUUCCCUAUGACCUGGUCUUCAUCAACCUUGACCAGAAGCCCGAGUGGAUCUUCAACUUCAGCCCUAGGGGUGCAGUACCAGCGCUGGAGUAUGAGCAAGGCAAGGGCAUCUUUGACAGCAACGUGAUCAACGUGUACUUAGACGAGAAGUACCCGGAGGUGCCGCUGCAGGCCGCCGACCCGCUGCGCCGGGCCCAGGACAAACUUAUUGUCGAGAACUUUAGUGCUGCCCAAUCAGCUUACUACACAGCAGCAUUCAACGCGCAAGCCUUGCAGCCGUCUCAUCUGGAGAACUACCACAAGGGUCUUGAACUACUCCAGAAGGAGCUGGAGACCCGAGGCACCAAGUUCCUGCAUGGAGACCAAGCUGGGCUGGUCGACUACACUCUGUGGCCCUUCCUAGAACGGUUUGAGGCUUUACCGCUACUCGGGAAAAGCGAGUAUGCUAUUGACAAGUCCAAAUAUGAUAUUCUGCUGACCUACAUGGAGUCGAUGAAGCAGGUGCCAGCUGUGAAGACCUACUACCUGUCUGCCGACAUGCACGCCAAGUUCACAGAGUCCCGCGUCAAGGGAGACCCCAACUACAACAUGCUAGACUCCAGUGCUGAAGUCUGCUGCUUCCGCCCCAGGAAGAAGAAGGAAUAGAUGCAAUAUAAUUUACACCGCCCUAUUUUUAUUUAUAUAUAUGUAUGAAGUUUACUACAAGCAUGUGAAUUUUGAAUGCAAUAAAAGUACAAUUACAUUGUGAAA